CCCCUCCGAGUUUGAGCCGUGUAUUUAAGAUCUGAAAUAAGUCAUGAAGUAAUAAACAUUUAUGUUGAUUCAUUCAUUACUAUAAAGCAGUCAAGGCAUUAUCAAAUCACUUUAGAUAAAACAAUUUUUGUAGGUAAUGUAAUUGUAAUUCAUCUGUAAAGUGAAGAAAGCAUUCUAUAGGACAAAUAUGAGAAUCGUUUUGUUAAAUGAGAAAAGUCUCUCUCCUGAAUAGACUUGUGAGUUGCAGGCCAGAUAAGGGAGUCAGGAGAUGGAAUAUUAUUAUGGCUUCCUCCUCUUGCAAGGUUGUAGACAGCCUAUGUCUUGGUGGAAAGCACACAGUUAACCCUUGGCCCACUGAUGAAGCAGGCUGUGGAAAAAUCAAUUUCUGGUGACCUCUGACAUACAAGGUCUGUCCUAGGCUACAGCUGCAUUGACCUUGGACCUCAGAAAACACAAUGGACCAACACCAGCAGAUGGCAUGGCACCCCAAACCAUCACUGGGUGUGGAAACUACACUGGAGCAACGUGGAUUCUGUGCUCCUCCCCACUUCCUCCAGACUCUGGGACCUUGAUUUCCAAGGGAAAUGCAAAAUUGACUUUCAUCAAUGAACAUAACUUUGGACCACUCAGCAGUAAUCCAGUCCUUUUUGUCUGCAGGUGAGACGCUUCUGUCAUCAUCUCUCUUCUGACAUUAUUGCGUCUUGUCUUUUUGUUUUUCGCAUUGGUCUUAAUUGACAUUCUAAUAUUCUGAGAUACUGAAUUUGGGAUUUUCAUUUGCCUUGAAUUAUAAUCAUCAAAAUUACAAAAUAAACAUAUCAAAUAUAUCAGUCAGUGUCUAAUAAAUGAAUCUAAUGUACACGUUUCACUUUUUGAAAGGAGUUACUGACAUGAAACAUGAUAUUCUAAUUUAUGACCAGUACCACAGCCUUGGAGCUGUUGUCUGGAAGGCUCCAUCCCUCAUUAAGUUAGACUAAAGACAGUCUGUGUCACUGGAUAAGGCGUUUCUCAUGGUUGUAAUAAUAGUAAUAGUAGUGGAUUAGAUUUAGUUAGUGCUUUUCAAGGCACACAAAUCACUUUUUGUUAUUCACACUCUUGCAUAUUCCCCACACUGCCGAUGAUGGCAAUAGCACUAUAAGAAAAAGGGGAAAUACCUGUAAAAUAAUACAUGAGUCAGGUUUAGAAUAACUCCACAUUCUGUCACAAGAGUACAACAUAUACAGGGAAGGCAGUAGAUCAGGACGUAGAGCGGGUUGUCCGGUAAUCAGAAGGUUGCAGGUUCGAUCCCAGCUCUGACCAGAGAAUGCUUCUGUUGUGUCCUUGGGUAAGACGCCUAACCUCCCUCGCCUGCUGGUUGUGGUCAGAGUUUGGCAGGCCUCGCCUCUAUCAGUGCGCCCCAGGGUAGCUGUGUUUACAUCAUAGCUCAUCACCACCAGCGUGUGAAUGGGUGAUUGUGUUGUGGAGCGCCUUCAACCCUAACCCUACUUAAUGUGAUUCAGGGAGUAAGGUAAAGCAGACCUGAAAAUUACUCUUUUCAUGAACAUUUUUUUAAUUCUAUAUAUGUGGCUUGUCAUGUGGUAAUAGUAAUGUAUGGAAGGCUAUCAAAAAAGCCUCAGGUUGAAUAUGGAACACGGACACUCAGAGGUGGUAGCUGCAACAGCAGAAAAUAUUUUACAGCCUUCGGGGCGUUGGUUCACUGCUGACCAGCAGCACCAUGCUGACAAAUUGUACAGGGUCAGGACUAAUUUCACAGUAUUUACUGUUAGAACAUCUUCUGGGCUCAAAAUCAGCUGCUUGACUUGUCAAGUCUGCCAUUUUACACAGUCCCAGCCUCGCCUUGCUGAGCGGACAUUUUAGUGCAACGGUGCCCUCUAGUGGCAGGUAGAUGUAAACAUAAACCCAGUGUUGUGCCCGACAAAAUAAAAAUUAGGUUAUUUUUUUUUUACACACAUCUUCUCAAGGAAACCUGUCCAUUCAUUCUGCACACCUCUAAACGGAGGUAUUAUUUGUUUAACAAUAGAUAUUUUUAUUAAAAUGUUCCAUAUUCCAUCUUUAACAAACAUACAUCAAUGUACAUACAACAUUGUAUUUGUUGUACAUAGAAAUACUUACAAUAAAUUCAUUUUAAAACAGAAUUAUUUGACCAGUGUUCAAAAAUGAGCUUAGGAAUGUAUCCCAGAAGGAAUAUUGGAAUGACUCAGAAGCAGAGAUCUUUUCUUAACUGAAUUUGUGACAGCAGUGAGAAGUUGGCAGAUUAUUCCAUACUUUGUGUCCUUUAUAGCAAAUUGAGACAGACAUUAGGAGCAAACACUUUUCUAAAUUGACUUUGUUUUUUUGUCGGUCAGAGGAACAUGAGCCGACCGGAAUGGAAGAUAACUAGGGCUCGCCACUAUAAAUAUUGAUUCACUGAUUCACUUGCUCCUUGUUUUCAUUCAGAAAAAAGAAAAGACUAGAGCUGUUUAGUUUCCAGGAAAAUAAGGCGCUUUAUCUGCUCUAAAGCAUGUUCAGCUUAGAGAGCAGCAGCCAGUCGGAGGAGGAGAGAUAACAGCCACCUCUCUGGUUGUUGCACCAUUUAAUUAUUUGUCAGAAACGCAUCCUUUUCUUCCAUUUUCUCACGUGAGCCUCCUGCUCACAGGGACCUCAAAUAGUUUAGAGGAAGGAGCAGAGAAAGUCCCCUUAAAGGUAAGAUCAUAUUUAUAUUUAUGCUGUUUUACCAGCACUGCUCAUGAAGCCACGUGGAUCCAUUCACAAGAAAGUUCAGAUCUUAUGAAAUGUGUUUCUACGAAAAGCUCAUGAACAAUUCAUGUUUAAUCUGUUUUACAAAGUGCUAUGAACAGACUCGGUUUGGAGAAACUGACAUCAGCCAUGAACAAACCUUAACAUUAGUCAUAAUGGGACCAGAACAUAACGUUUUUCUGCUGCCUUUAACCACCUUCAUGGGGCUUCUUUAAUAUUUGUGCGUUUUUACACCACUGUAUAUUUAAGAUUAUACACCCCUAGCCACUUCAUACACUACAACUAUUUCAUUCUAAUAGCUUUUCAAUCAAUCAUGUUGUAAUGCAGAAGAAUGGAAAUUCAAUUGUUUAAUUUACUUUGACACUAAACAUUUAUCUCAUCUCAUAAACUAUUGCUCAUGGUUUUAGGACAAAUCGUUUCAAUUAGGACUGUUAUUGACCCAUCACUACAGAGGAUGUGUGUGUGCGAGCGUGCGUGCGCGUGUGUGUGUGUGUGUGUGUGUGUGUGUGUGUGUGUGUGUUUACUGCAUCAAACGUUUAAUAAACUUGACUAAACAUGUCACAUCUUUCUGGCAGUUCUGUAGCAUGAUUAUGUAAAAGCAUCUAGUGCCUGUAACUGAGCUCUGAUAAGAACUUUCUUUUUACUGUGUAAAUGUCUUGAUCCUAAUCUUCUGUGGGGGCAGCUUUCUGAGGAAGUUUCUGGUAGCUGCGAAACUAACCAAAGAUAAUCCAAACCACAUAUUACAGAGCAGUUUAUGAUUAAAAAGUAUGCAAAACAUCAGUAUGUGUCUUUUGGUUUUCAGCUGAUGGAUGCCUUACAGCUUCUCGUGCCACUGCUUGCUCUCAUCUCUACGUACGAAUGGAGAUCAGUGUCGGCGACAUCUAAUUCAACUUGCUCUGAACUGGACUUGGAACAUUUUAAACUUCUUGAAGGUGAAUCGUUUUAUUUUGUGCCGUAUGAUUUGGAUCAUCCUAACUCCCCUGAUGAAAAUUUUACUUGGUACAAAAAUGGCCUGGAGGUUGAGAAUAUCACCACGGAUGAGACGCACGAGACACAUCACCAUGGCGGGGCGCUUUUUCUCCUAAACGUCAGCACUGCUGAUUCUGGUUCUUACACAGCCAAGCAAACAACUCCAUCUGGUAAUUGUGUUACCCAUCAUGUAUCUAUUAAAGUCUUUAAUGGAUCUAGUGGGGAGGAUCUCACUUAUGGAGCUGUCAAAAACUCAAAGCUGAACAAAGUUAUUUCAUGUCCAUCACCUGUGAAAAGCACAUGUGAUGUGUUCAAAGGAAAGUUCACCUGGUACAAGGGUGCCAACCUCCGUCAAGGUGAGCAUGAAGCAAAAUUGAGGGUGUUUAAUGCCACUGAAGAGGAUGAGGAUAUCUACACCUGUGUUUGCACGUGGACUCACAAUCACCAUGUGUACAAGACUUCAGGCUCCAGGAGGCUAAUUAAGCUAGAGACAAAUAUCAACCGUGAUGUACAAAUCCUCUCUCCAAACAACAAGGAGCAGCUGGCUGAUGAAGGUGUUGGCAUCAAGCUGAACUGUACCAUUUUCUGUGGAACCAAUGUCAAACGUGACUGCAAGGCCAGCUGGCAUCUUAACAAUAAAGAAAUAUCACAGAUGACAGGAUACAAUCAAGCCACCACGCGAGAAAUUGAAGAACCUUCUAAAAACACGUACUCCACAGCAAUCCUGACUAUUGACAAAGUGUCAGCAAAAGAUUUCCAGCAGGAGUUUGUAUGUAAGGGUCAAGGGUUGUACACAUAUAAGGAAACCACUUUAACUCUCAAGCAGAGAGAGUCGAUCAUCCCUCUAGCCAUUGGAGGAGUGUGUGUGUUUUUCAUCUGCGUGUUGGCAGCAACCCUGGUCAAGUGUUUUGCCAUUGAUCUGGCUCUCUUUUUCAGACCUUACCUCCAUCAAUGCAGACACAAUCAAGAUGGGAGUGUGUACGAUGCCUUUGUGAUCUAUGAGACCGAGGACUUAGACGAGGACGCUGAAGACAAACUCUUGCAUUUUGUCACAGUAGCUUUGCCUUCAGUGCUUGAAGAAAAGUGUGGUUAUCAACUCUUCAUCCAGGGGAGAGACGACAUACCAGGAGAAGAUCAUCUGGUGCAGGUGGAAAAAUGUCUGAAUCAGAGUAACAGACUGAUGGUCAUCCUCACUUCAGGUUCAGCAUCUGGGAUUAUCAACAAAUGUCCAACCUCAAACCAAAGCUCAGUCAUUGGGGGGUUUGACUGGCAGGUUGGGAUCCACCAUGCACUGGUUCAAAGGGAGAUGAGUGUGAUUCUGGUCCAGCUGGGAGACACCAGAUUCCAAGGGUACACACACCUUCCACCUGGCCUGCAGCAUCUGAUUCGCAAGAGCGCCCCCAUAAGGUGGUCAGGGGGCUUGCAGAGUGCAGCAGCGCAAAACUCAUCCUUCUGGAAGAGAGUGAGAUACCUGAUGCCCGCUACACCCGCCAAAAAACGAGCUCUGUCUGCUGUAGUGUGAAGGCCUGAAACUCUGAAAUGUGACUGUAUAAAAGUAAACGAAGGUCUCAGGCAUAAUUUUGCUUCAUAUAAGAGUAUGUAAUGUAGCAAGUCCAUUACACAGGUUUUUCUAUGACUGAAGGAUAAAUGAAACCAGACUCAAUGAUUGUUUUAAUGUUUAUUUGAAAGGGGGAAGCGUUUGGACCUGUAAGAAGAGUUAGUAUGAAUAUAGAAGAUUUAAAGUGGUAAAUAAAUGAAUGUUUGUACUUACCGGUUUCCCUUGUGCUUCUGCAAGUGUUCCAGCUAACAGAUUCCCCGGUGAGCUGGAGCACCUAAAGAAGGUUCUGGAGCAUUCCAUUCAGUAGGAAUGGGAGGGGUGACCUGUGAAAUUGCUCCAGGAAUGCAGAUUAGUUUCACUGAAUGUUUUUAGGAUUGAUUAAGGAUGUUUCUAUUUUUGUAUUGUAAUAAUUUAAUGAGAUCUUAGAGAUGAUGAUUUAAGUAUCAUUUAAGAGUAUUGGAAGAUUGUAUUUUUGUAUUUACCUGUGUCUGAGUUUUAGGAUUAAUCCAAUUAGGCACACCUGUUAUAAAUACAGCUCUGUGUUUGUUGGAGAGAGUUGAGUGUUGGAUGGAGCGGCAGGCAUGGAUUUGUGCUGCCUGGAUUUUAAUUUUGUUAAAUGUAAAUAAAGUACACUUGGGUCUGCACUGGA